AUGGCACCCAAAGGCAAGAAAGGCAAGAAAGGCGGCGAUGACUGGGACGAAGGUCUGGGGGAGUCAAUUGAUCCCAUUGCACAAGCUGAGGCGGAAGCCAAGGCUGCGGAUGCUGCCAAGGAUGCUGAGGAGAAUGAAGAUAAUGCCGGUGGUGGCGGCGGCUUAAUGGCUGCUAUGAAGAAGAAUCGGGAGAGGAGGAAGAAGAAGGGUAAGGCUGUCGAGAACGACUUCUUGGAUGGCGAGGAUCCGCCACAGGAUGGAGAGAAUGCAGGUGAAGCGGCGGAGGAGGUCGUAGAUCUCAGUGCUAAGGCUCCUGUGGAAGCAAACAUGGACGACGAGGAGGAUUUGUACGAUGCGCCAACUAAGGGUAAGAAGGGUGGGAAAGGCGGUAAGCAGCAAGGUGGGAAGGCUAAGCUUGCUGAGUCUGCUGAGCCCGUUGAGCCCGUUGAGGAUGGUGAAGACGACGAGGGCGGUGGUGUCAAGACCAAGGCACAGAAGGAGAAGGAGAAGAAGGAGCGCGAGAAGCAGCGGAAGAAGGAGCAGGCGGCUUUGAAGAAGAAGUCUGCGCCUGUACCGGUCAAAGAUGAGCCGAAGGUUAUCGAGGCGGCACCGGAAGCUGUUCUUGAGGCUCCUGCGACUGGUGGUAAGAAGAAGAAGAUUCCGGCUGCGUUGGCGGCACUUCAGAAGCAGCAGGAGGAUCUUCGUAAAGCGGAAGAGGAGAAGGCUCGUACUGCGGCUAAGGAAAAGCAACGUGAAGAAGAGGAGCGUAAGCGAGAGGAGGAAGAUGAAAGGAAGACAGCAGAGCAGAAAGCUGCCAAGAAAGCCAAGGAGAAGGCCAAGGUUGAGCAGAUGAAGAAGGAAGGCACGUACAAGACCGAGAAGCAGCGCAAAGAUGAAGCACAGCAGAAGCUUCGUCUACAGCAGAUGCUCGAGUCUGGUUCGGCGAAAGUAGCUGGGAUGAGUGGUGCGACUGCUGAGGACGGCGAGCACGAGGCGAAGAAAAGCAAGAAGGAUGAUAGGAAGAAGAAGGAUCCGAGGAAGGAGGCGGCGGAGCGUAAAGCGCAGCAGGAACGCGAGGAGGAAGAGGCGAGAAAGAAGAUGGAGGAGUUGAAGUUGCAUGAGGAGCAGGAGAAGUUGGCUGCUGAAGCUACCGAGAAGGCUAGAAGGGAUGCGGAGGCGAAGAAGGCGGAAGAUGAGGAGGAUCUCGAUGAUUGGGAGGCUAUGGCUGAGAAGGAUGAGGAGGAGGUGGAUGGAGAGGAAGAUGGGGUGGUCAAGGCUGAGGCACCAAAUGGCAAGGCUGUACAGGCUGGUGCUGCUGGGGCCAAGGCUCAAGUUGCGAACGGCAAGAAUGCUGAAGACAGCGAUAGCGACAGUGAAGAAGACUCGGACGACGAAUCAGAGUCUGAGGAGGAGACGGUGGCGCAGAAGCAGGCUGCUCUCAAGCGACAACAAGCCGCCGAUAGACGCAAGGCCGAUCAAGAAGCUGCCCGUGCCGCCGCGUCAUCAGAUGACCUGCGCUCGCCUAUCUGCUGUAUCCUCGGCCAUGUCGAUACUGGCAAGACAAAGCUUCUCGACAAGGUCCGACAGACGAAUGUACAGGAAGGAGAAGCAGGUGGUAUUACCCAACAGAUAGGUGCUACAUACUUCCCAGUCGACGCCCUGAAGAAGAAGACCGCGGUCGUCAACCCGGAUGGUGCUUUCGAAUUCAAGGUCCCUGGUCUCCUGGUCAUCGAUACGCCCGGCCACGAGUCUUUCACCAACCUCCGCAGUCGUGGAUCUUCGCUAUGUAACAUCGCCAUCCUGGUCGUAGACAUAAUGCAUGGCCUGGAACCCCAAACCCUCGAAUCCAUGAAGUUGCUCCGCGAUCGCAAAACCCCGUUUAUCGUCGCCUUAAACAAGAUCGACCGUCUCUAUAACUGGAAACCCAUCGCCAACAAUGGUUUCCGGGAGUCCCUGGGUCUGCAGAGCAAAAGUGUUCAGGCCGAGUUCCGGGAUCGGCUGGAGAAGACUAAACUGGCGUUUAGUGAGCAAGGAUUCAACGCUGAGUUGUUUUAUGAGAACAAAAGUAUGGCUAAGUACGUCUCUCUUGUUCCGACGUCGGCGCAUACGGGCGAGGGAAUUCCGGAUAUGCUGAAAUUGCUGGUUACCCUAACGCAGGAGCGUAUGACAAGGCAGUUGAUGUACUUAAGUGAGGUGGAAUGCACGGUUUUGGAAGUGAAGGUCAUCGAGGGGUUAGGCACGACGAUCGAUGUGGUGUUGAGUAACGGUGUCUUGCACGAGGGUGACACAAUCGUGCUCUGUGGUACUGAUGGGCCGAUUGUCACGCAAGUGCGCGCUUUGCUUACCCCGGCCGAGAUGAAGGAAUUGAGGGUCAAGUCCACGUACGUCCACAACAAGACUGUGAAAGCUGCGUUGGGCGUCAAGAUCACGGCGAAUGGACUCGAUAACGCGAUUGCGGGAUCGAGGUUAUUGGUGGCGAAGAAUAAGGACGACGAGGACGAGAUUGAGGAGUUGGAGGACGAUGUCAUGGGCGAUCUGGAGAAUUUGAUGUCCCGUAUCUCUCGCACCGGUCGCGGCGUCACGGUCCAGGCCUCCACCCUAGGAUCACUAGAAGCCUUGCUUGAGUUCUUGCGUGUGAGCAAGAUCCCGGUGUCUAAUAUUUCCAUUGGCCCUGUUCACAAGCGGGAUGUCAUUACCGCGUCUACUAUGCUGGAAAAGGCCAAGGAGUAUGCGGUCAUGCUUUGUUUCGACGUCAAAGUCGACAAAGAUGCUCAUGAGCUGGCGGAUCAAAUGGGAGUGAAAAUCAUGACGGCGGAGAUUAUUUAUCAUCUGUUUGAUGAGUUCACCAAGCAUAUGGAAGUCUUGCGGGAGCAGAAGAAGGAGGAAAGUAAGAUGCUUGCUGUCUUCCCAUGUGUGUUGAGGCCAGUGGCGGUGUUUAAUAAGAAGGAUCCGAUUGUUAUUGGAGUGGAUGUUGUCGAGGGAAAUCUGAGGAUGGGAACGCCGCUGGCGGCUGUCAAGAUGAACCCAGUCACUAAUGUUAAAGAUGUUGUAAGCUUGGGGCGAGUUGUCUCCAUCCAACGCGACCACAAGGACCUCCCGAUCUGCAAGAAGGGCUCGCCUUCCGUGGCUAUCAAGAUCGAAGGCGCGAAUCAGCCUAUGUAUGGUCGGCAGUUGGAGGAGAAGGAUACGUUGUACUCGCAGAUCAGCAGGGCGAGUAUUGAUUGUUUGAAGGAGUUCUACCGGGAUGAGGUGGAUAAGGAUGAGUGGGGGCUGAUUGCUAAACAUUUGAAGGGGUUGUUCGAUAUUCCAUGA